UUAACAUUAGGCAGCACUUUUUUCCGAGUCGGGGGGGGAUGAAUGUGUCAUAAAUAGUUCGCCUUUAUAGAGGGUAGUGGAUGCAUGUUGAGCAAUGCGAUGAGGCCAGUGCACUUUGCAAGACUUGCGCUGCAGAGAGCGUCCACGGAUCCCACGACCUGCUGCUGACAAGCCGGGGGGAAAGGACAGGCAGAGGGGGAGCCGCUCGGAGAGAGAUUGAGGGUACUGCCUUGGAGACGACAGCCCGGGUUUCUUUGCGGAGGGAAUCAUGCAGUUUGCAAUCUGGCUGGUUGGACUAAUGUGUCAUCUGUCAGCUUUUGUCCGGGAGACUCUGCAAUACCAGUUGCAUCCGAAACAAGAAAGCUUCAUCAAGCAGCUGUCAUCGUAUGAAAUCGUCAAGCCGCUACGUGUGAAUGACUUCGGAGAGUCGUUCCCCCACAAACUGCACUACAGAAGGAGACGACGGAGUUUAAACGAUGACCUGUCCGGUUUACGGCUUCACUACAGGAUUGAUGCUUUCGGGGAACGCUUUCAUCUCAAUCUAACCGCAGACUCCAGUUUUAUCGCGCCCUCUUACACGGUGACACACUUGGGAGAGGAGCAGAGCAACGACACGGACUCCCAGUCCACUGACCCCGGCGAUAUGCGCCACUGCUUUUUCCGUGGACACGUCAACGCCAAGAGCGAGUACCCUGCCGUCUUCAGCCUGUGCACUGGUCUGAUUGGAACUUUUACGACACAACAUGGCGAAUUCUUCUUGGAACCCCUUUUAAACGCUGCGGGGGAGGAAUACGAUGAAGAACACAACAAACCUCAUCUCGUCUAUCGACAUGAGAGGAAAAGAAACAUCUCCAAAACUGACAACAAUGCAGAGCCCUGUGCUGCCUCAGAGAACUUGAAGAAGCCAGCCUCUUCAGAGAUGAGAGGGACCAUGAGAGAGGAGCUAGAAUCUCUCAGAGCCACAGUAGAGCACCAACGCGUGCUUGAGAACAACUCCACCAGCCCACACCCAAGAUCGCCACGCAGGCGCAAGCGUUUCCUGUCCUAUCCUCGCUACGUUGAGCUGAUGGUGACAGCAGAUGCCAAAAUGGUGCGUCACCAUGGACGCAACCUAGAGCACUACAUUCUAACAAUCAUGUCAGUAGUAGCAGCAGUGUACAGGGACCCCAGCAUAGGAAACCUCAUCAGCAUCAAGAUUGUCAAGCUUGUCAUCAUCCACAAUGAACAGGAAGGUCCCACUGUGAGCUUCAACGCUGCCACCACUCUGCACAACUUCUGUGUCUGGCAGCAGAGCCAAAACGUCCAGGACGACAGCCAUCCUUCUCACCACGACACUGCGCUCCUCAUAACCAGGGAAGACAUCUGCCGCGCUAAAGACAAAUGUGACACAUUAGGGCUUGCUGAGCUGGGGACCAUGUGCGACCCGUACCGGAGCUGCUCCAUUAGUGAGGAAAAUGGAAUUAGUGCCUCCUUCACCAUUGCUCAUGAGCUGGGCCAUGUGUUCAACAUGCCUCAUGAUGACAACCCCAAGUGCCGGGAGGCAGGGAUAAAGCACCAGUAUCACGUCAUGGCUCCUACACUUAACUACGAUACCAACCCUUGGUCAUGGUCCAAGUGCAGUCGCAAGUACAUCACCGACUUUCUUGACACCGGCUAUGGGGAGUGCCUCCUUGAUGAGCCUGUGGGCAGAACAUAUGACAUGCCCACCCUCCUCCCUGGUCAGCUCUACAAUGCCAACAGACAGUGUGAACUGAUGUUUGGUCCCGGUUCCCAAAUUUGUCCUUACUUGAAACAGUGCAAGAGGCUGUGGUGUACGAGUGCGGAGGGGGACCACAAAGGGUGCCGUACACAACACAUGCCACUCGCUGAUGGCACUGACUGUGGACAUGGAAUGUAUUGCAGACAUGGGAUGUGUGUAAAUAAAGAUUUGGAUCUGCAACCAGUCCAUGGCGAGUGGGGUCCCUGGGGGCCCUACAGUGUUUGCUCCAGGUCCUGUGGUGGAGGAACGAGAAGCACCACUAGAGACUGCAACAAGCCUGAGCCCAGAAACGGCGGUAAGUUCUGUGUGGGUCGCAGAAUGAAGUUCCGCUCCUGCAACACUGAGCCAUGCCCACGAGGACAGAAGGAUUUCCGGGAAGAGCAGUGCUCUCAGUUUGACGGCAAACACUUCAACAUCAACGGUCUACCUCCCACUGUCCGCUGGGUCCCCAAGUACAGUGGCAUAUUAAUGAAGGAUCGGUGCAAGCUCUUUUGCCGGGUUGCUGGGACUACGGCAUACUAUCAACUGAAGGACCGUGUAAUCGACGGCACACCGUGCGGGCCAGACACUUACGACAUCUGUGUGCAGGGCCUCUGCAGGCAAGCGGGCUGCGAUCACGUGCUGAACUCAAAGGCCAGGAACGACAAGUGCGGCGUGUGUGGCGGCGACAACUCAUCGUGCAAAACUCUGGAAGGAACCUUCAAUGAUGCUCAGUAUGGUUACAACACAGUGGUUCGGAUUCCAGCUGGAGCCACGAACAUUGAUAUCAAACAGGUCAGCUACUCUGGAAAACCAGAAGAUGACAACUACCUCGCAUUAUCCGAUAGCCAGUCCAACUUCCUUCUGAAUGGAAACUUUGUGGUGGCCAUGUUCAAAAGGGAAAUCAACUUCAAGGGAACUGUCAUUGAUUACAGCGGCUCAGACACAAAAGUUGAGCGCAUUAACUGCACUGACCGUAUUGAGGAGGAGCUCAUUCUGCAGGUCUUGUGUGUGGGAAACCUCUACAACCCAGAUGUUCGUUACUCCUUUAACAUACCCAUUGAGGAACACAGGGAGCAGUUUGUCUGGGAUCCCUCAGGCUCCUGGCUCGAGUGCAACAGCAUCUGCCAGGGUGAGCGAAGACGGAAGAGAGUGUGUGUACGUAGGAGCGAUCACCUUGAGGUGUCGGACCAACGCUGUGAACAUUUACCUCAUCCCGAAGUCGUCAACGAGCCAUGCAACACAGACUGUGAAGUCAGGUGGCACGUUGCUGGAAAAAGCGAAUGUUCAGCUAAAUGUGGCCCAGGCUAUCGCAACCUGGAUGUUCAGUGUAUGAAGUACAACCUGAUGAAAAGACAGAGUGAGAGAAUGGAGGCCAGUGCCUGUGCAGACAUCCCCAAACCAACGACCAGAGAGCCCUGCCACGGUGACUGUCUGCUGAAGAGCUGGCAGUACAGCGCCUGGUCACAGUGUUCUAAGACAUGUGGACGUGGCAGCCGUAGCAGGGAGUCUUACUGCAUGAACAAUUUGGGCCGCCGGCUCGUGGACAGAGAAUGCAACGAAUACCAGAGGGUGGUAACUGAAACCUGCAACGACCACCCGUGUCCGAAGUGGAUCGUCAGUGAGUGGAGUGAGUGCCUGGUGACUUGUGGGAAAGGGAUAAGGCACAGACAAGUGUCCUGCAGCAUGGGAGCCAGGGAGGAGAAGAUGAGCGAGCACCUCUGCGACAUGACAAGUAAACCCCCUGCCGUGGGAAGCUGCGAGCUGCCCGAGUGUGCAUCUUGGCAAGUUGGCGUCUGGGGAGCGUGUUCAGUGACCUGUGACCAUGGCUACCAGAUGAGAGCUGUAAGGUGUGUGUCGGGGGAUUACGGCGACACAGUAGAUGACAGAGAGUGCAAUGCUGCAGCGAUGCCCAGAGACAGUCAGGACUGUGAGAUGCCAUCAUGUCCACGAGCCUCUCCAGCACAAAGCACGCCUCGUCCAGACAACUCUGCGCAGUUCCUGAUUCAGUGGAGAUAUGGCUCUUGGACCGCGUGCUCCGUGUCCUGUGGCAAGGGAAAGCGGGCUCGUUAUGUCAGCUGCCGUGAUGUCCACGGAGGAGUGGCAGACGAAUCCUACUGCGCCCACCUGCCCCGCCCCGCUGAGUUUGCCACCUGCUUCAGCCCCUGUGGGCAAUGGCAUGCCGGAGAAUGGUCACCUUGUUCAGUGACUUGUGGUGUAGGAAGAGCCACCAGACAAGUGGUUUGCUCCAGCUACCCCCAGCCAGUGGACCAGUCUUUCUGUGACUCGGAUGAGAGGCCCGUGACAGAACAGGAGUGUACUGCUGCACCCUGUCCUUCUGUUUACCACCGCCAACGCAUUAAUGACCAGCCCUACGAAUAUCCUCAGGAUCCAGGACGUCACCCAGGGCACAGCAGCUGGAAUGUGCCUUCAGCAGACAACCAAUGGAGGACAGGACCUUGGGGCGCAUGUUCCAGCACAUGCGCAGGAGGCUUCCAGAGGCGGGUGGUUGUUUGUCAGGAUGCUGAUGGACGCAGCAACAACUACUGUGAUGAGAGGGUUAAACCUGCUGAGUCCAAGAACUGUGAUUCUGGGCCCUGUCCUCUGUGGAACUACGGUGUUUGGGGAGAGUGUACCCAAACUUGUGGUGGAGGAAGGAGAACUCGCCUGGUGGUAUGUCAAAGGCCCAAUGGACAGAGGCUCAAUGACUACAACUGUGACAUCCUAGACAAGCCACCUGACAUGGAGCAGUGCAACUUGCAGUCCUGCCCAGGCUCUGCCUCCUGGCACCGUGACCCAUGGAAGCCGUGUUCAGUAAGCUGUGGCCGAGGGACCAAACAGCGGGAUGUAGUCUGUGUAUAUCAGAACCAAACCAAAAUAGAAGAGAAGCACUGCAGUCAUCUGCCCCGGCCUCGGACACAGAAGGCCUGUCGGGCUCGAGUAUGCCCCAGUUGGAAAGCUAACAGAUGGAGGGAGUGUUCUGUCACCUGUGGGGUCGGAGUUCAGAACCGCGAUGUUUACUGCAGGCUAAAAGGUACGGGACGAGUCCUCGAGCAUCUCUGUGACGCUCGCGCGCGUCCUCCCACUGCGCGGCCAUGCCAAACUGCAGAGUGCACACACUACACUUGGGUCGCUGAUGAAUGGAAAGAAUGUAAUGCAACAUGCGGAGAAGGCGUGAGAAGCAGGAAAGUGGUGUGCAUGGAUCCAGGAAUGACACCUGCUCAGGAUGAUUACUGUGAUCCAUUAGCCCAACCUCCAUUGCUCCAGCCCUGCAAAGAAGCUCCUUGUCACUACAUGUGGAUAACAGGAGAAUGGUCAAUGUGCUCUGCCAGCUGCGGUGUUGGCUACCAGCAGCGUAUUAUCUCCUGCUCCCUGAUGCCCACCUCUCCCGCUCAGGGUGUGUACACUCAGUCCUCCUUUGCCAGCACGAAUUGUCCUAAGCCUCGCCCUCCUGGCACCCGGCCGUGCCUCCUCACGGAAUGCCCUCACAUGUCCUACUGGAAAGUUGGCCCGUGGAGCAAGUGCUCGCAGACCUGUGGGGCAGGAGUGAUGGAGCGCAGAGUGGAGUGCGUGACCUCAAAAGGCCAAACGUCCAAACUCUGUCGUCUGUCAGAGAGACCUGAGUCUCAGGCUGCAUGUCAGGAAAGAGAAUGCCAGUUGUUCAGUACGUGCCGAGAGGUCCAGAUGAGACAGGGCGUGAGGAUAGAUGGCGAAUACUAUCUCAAAGUCAAAUCCCGGAUCCUACAGAUUUACUGUGCUGAGAUGCAGACUGAUUUCCCCAAGGAGUAUGUGACAUUGCGCAGCGGUCAGACCGAUAACUACUCCGAGGUGUAUGGCCACAGGUUGCUGAACCCAUUUCAAUGCCCGUAUAACGGCAGCCGAAAACAGGACUGUGAGUGUAGGAACGACUACUCAGCAGCGGGAUACACACUCUUCCACAAAGUUCGUCUGGACCUAAACUCCCUGAGGAUAACGAUCACAGACCUCCGGUUUUCCCAGACACCUCUUGGUCAACCAGUGCCCUUUGCUACAGCGGGGGAUUGUUAUAGUGCAGCCAAAUGUCCACAGGGCCAGUUCAGCAUCAAUCUAAUUGGCACUGGCUUCACAGUGGCUCAGGCCACCAAGUGGACAUCUCAGGGCAACUAUGUCUCAGUCAAAGUCCACAGAUCGGAGGAUGGGACAAGAAUCUACGGCCGCUGUGGUGGUUUCUGUGGGAAGUGCAUUCCCCAGGCUCACAACGGCCUACUUCUUCAAGUCCACUGAGAGCUGUGCAGAGACCAAACCACCUAAAUCUGUCUGGAAUAAGAUACUGGCAAUAAGAGAGAUUUGAUCCUGCAGUCAUCUGUGAGUGUCAGAGGGGGACCAUUUAACAAUUAUUAUCCCACAGUAAUAUCCUCAAUUCCCAAACGGCAGCUAGAACAGACAGGACGCUAUAUAUAGUGCAGUGCUACAGGGCCACCAUCAGGUACUUCACCCAAACUACUAACACUUAAGAGGAGUCAGCAGUUGUGCAGACGUUGUCAUGCACUCAUGUGCUUUGGAGACUAAAUUAUUUUGCAUGACGCAAAUUGAUUUUUUUGUAUCAUAACACGGGAUACAGGACUGAAAACACUGGGAAAACAAAUACAAAGACAGGAGGAAAAGAAAUAUCCUCCCGGCUGAUAAGGAACUUCCAAACUUAGAAAGACAGAAAACACUUGGGCUCUGAUCCAACUGAUAUGGUAGUCAGCAAGAUAGUAUAAAAGGAGACAUGCUGUAAUUGCAAUCCUACUGUGGUUAAAAAAAAAAGGUCUAUACGCAGACUAUGGAAGAGUAUGUAAGGGAUAGUUGUGUUAUUUUUCUACAUUGUGACAGAUUAAGAAAAAUGAUGGCUACAGGAACUAGCUGCUUUGGUAUAUAUAUGAGAGCGUUACAAAGCUUGUUCUCAGCAACAGAUGAGCAGGAAUGAUUCCCAUAUGGAAAAGAAAUGGAACAAAAGUAGUUCAGGUUCCUGUUUAAACUUAUGUCUCAUCCUGGGAUUUACUCAGGAGGUGACCCCUUUUCCCAUUUGCGUUUUCACUUGCAACACAAUAAUGAGAAUAAUGUAUAAAUCAAAUAACCAUUAUUUUUUAACCUGAAAAAUGUGAAAGGGGCCACUUGCAUGAGUAAUGACAUAGUUUGAGACGUACAAACAUUUACGGUCGGUGGAAUGAGAAAUUCUUAUGCUUUUUUUGUUUUUGCGGCUCAAGACUCUGAAACGUAUCAGCAUGCAACUAAGUACUGAUAUCCUUCCAGACCUGCCUCAUGUCAGAGGUCAAACGUUAGGAGAACAUCAGGAGCCUUUAGAAUAACUACAGAUAACGUUUUGUUUUAGUUGUCGUGUACUUUGUGAGUCUGUCUGCUGUCAUCUGUUGUCAGGUAUUUUUAACAAAACUACUGAAACCCACAUAGACAGUCCACUGACUGACACUGAGGCACGACUGUCAGAGUAAACACUAGUGCUGUGAGGAAAUAGCUGAACUAUUUCCAUAUUUCCUGGUGUUGAAGUACAAUUUUUUCUGUUUUGUGCGUGUGCGUGCGUGUGUGUUUCAUAGUUAGAUUGUUAUUGGUGUUUCUCUUUGUCACACGAGUUCUCAUCUGUUACACCUUGACACAGUAUCAGGUGUGUGUAUGCGUGCGCGUCUCACCUCACACCCUCCGUUGGGCCUACUGUAGGUGCCUGCAAAACCCUACCUCUCAUAGACAUCCAUACUCGGUUGAGAUAUGUGUUGUAAUAUAUUUAUGUUUGAACAUAUUUAUUCUGCAUUGACUUGUAGAUAUGUUCUGUAUGACGGUACAAUGACUACUACCAACAGAGAAGCCAUUGUCUAAUAUGUUUUGUCCGUUGUCUGCUAAAAUAGGUAUUAGCCUACUAUUUGUAGCAUAUAACCACUAAUCUUGAAUGAGGAUCUUUUAAAAGGUGCUUUUGAACUACUGGAAUUACCUCUAAUCUUGAGAAGGAAAAUACUGGCUUUGGGAAUAACACUUGAUAGGGCAGAGAUUCAACUCUUUCUAGCGGACUCCAUAGGAUCUCCUUAUAGCCUGUUGUGGUCCUUUUAUGAACAGAGCUAAUGUUUUAGAUGCAAGAUUGCCUGAUAAAACAGACCAGCGACUGUGCGAAGGACUCUCCCAUUGAGCAAUACUUACUAUAACGCAUCAUAUCUGGCUUUUACCAUGACCGCAAUUACAACUAUCAACCAACUGAACACGCGGAUUCGCUAAUGUUAAGCUUUAACCAAAGUUAGGCAGUAGAUGCAGACUGUUUUUUUUCCUCUCAGACAAUGCCGCUUCUUUUGAUUUAAAGAAUGGCUGAAAAUAAUAAAAGUCAGUGAGCAGCUAGAAAACCUUUGGCUGUCAUUCAUUUUAUGAUGGUCAAUUGUGCUAUGAGGUCUGUAUCAGAAAUUUAAAGAAUACUUGAUGCACUGUGUGCUGUCAGUUUUGUAGAAAUGUAAUCCUGUUUUUGUUUUUUUUGUAAUAACCAUUAAGAUUUGUAACUUAUGAUAUAUGUGUAUUUGUAAUAUUCAUACUUGAAUUGCAAACUGUGUGCUAAAAUAUUGAAUGGGCAUUGGUACUGAGUAGAGAAACGGUGUGCUUGUUUGCCAUGCUUUAUCCAAAGAUGUUUAAAAGAAUCCUAUGUACCUACAGUAUGUAUGCAGCCUGUAUAAAAGAAACAAAUGAUUUUGGUGCUAUACUAAUUGUACUAUUACUUGUAUGUCUU